CGCGUGUACUCACAAACAUUCAAAAAUUUUCAUUCGAAUGUUUUCAAAUUAAUUUAUACAGCAAAGAAGGUUUCUUGCUGUAUUGGCAAUUGUUCGGUCAUUGUCGUAAAACAGUUAGGCUCUCGAUCUCAGUUCUUGCACGUUCUUCGUCUUGCUGGAGACUCAGCGGGGAGCAGCUUUUUCCGUGACUCUAGUCUGUAGACAAAACGAUUAGGUAAGGAGCAGCUCUCUAACCUGCACCAGACGAUCAAGUACCAACGACGAACGUAGAAAUUUAUUUUCACUUGAGAACGACGAGCCAGUCGGUUUCUGUGGAAGCGAAGAUUCGUAGAUGUGCCUGCCUAGGAACUGGUGGGUAUAGAGGAGCGGACAUCUUCAGCAAGGCGAAGUGUCAGAACUUCACAGAAGAUCUAUACUGGCCUGUGUCACGCAGCCAGGAACUGGAGUGAUGGUUUCUGUGGCAGAGGAUGGAGAGACGAUACUGGAGUCCAAAGAGAGGUUGUUCGCCAGCUCUUUACCUGUGUAUCAGCAGCGAUACAACGCCGUGACCGAUUACGUGAACCAGACUGGCGCACGCCGUGUGGUAGACAUAGGCUGCGCCGAGGGCUCGCUUAUGGUCAACGUGAAGGAGCUGUGCCCUUGCGUGCAGGAGCUGAGCGGAGUGGAUCUGGAUGGAAGCCUGGUGGACCGGAGCCGGGAGAGAUUCCGGCCGCUGGCCUACGCGUACAUGCACCGGCGCACAGAUCCGCUGGAGAUUGGCGGCUACUGCGGCUCGAUCUCAACACCGGACAGGAGAUUUGUGGACGUCGACUUGAUCAGUAUGGUGGAGAUCAUUGAGCACUUGUACGACGACACCCUGGCACGAGUACCCGAGGCGAUAUUCGGCCGCCUGCGCCCUCGAGCCGCUAUCGUCACCACGCCAAACUCCGAUUUCAACGUCCUCUUUCCGGACAUGGGCAUCGGGGCGGACGGCCAGCCACGCUUCCGACACUGGGACCACAAGUUUGAGUGGUCGCGUGCCGAGUUCGAAACCUGGGCCACCGGCGUGGCGAGUACCUACGGCUAUGGAGUGAGGUUCAGUGGUGUGGGUGCUGGUUUGCCGGGAACAGAGCACCUCGGCUGCUGCUCGCAGAUGGCCACAUUUGAACGCAUCACCGACGAGGUUGAGUUUGCCGCGCACGCUCCUACAGCGGAUGACGACGACGACGCAGCCAGUGCGGUGCCGGCACAAGCGGAGUUUGGUGAGUUUGAGCAGCGCUGGUCCGUGUCGUGGCCGUAUACACCGCGGCCCAAUCAGAUAUACACGGCCGUGUCGGCGAAAGCGUAUCGCCUCGGCCGCGAGGCGCACGAUAUACGCGAGGGACUGGAUCAAGGCGAGAGUUGUGACUACUACGGUGGCGAGGAGGAGAGCGUCUCCUGCAGUCACGGCGACAUCACGCCCAUUCUUCUCGACAACGUCGACCCUGACUUGCCAUGCGACUGCGGAUACGAGGCGAGUAUGUCCGCCAGUUCAUGUGCAUUUGAUGCAGACAGUGUUGGUGGUAAUGUCGAUCUGCAGCUCGGCGCCCCAGGUCCGUCGGCCACUGUAGAACCGCCGUCAUCGUCAUCAUCGGAACAGAAGGACACUGUCCGUCGCUGCGUACCUCACGUCUGCCUGAACCGCAUCAGCGCCUGGGAUAUUCCACUGCACUGCUUCCAGGCGUGUCUCACCUACGACCUUUCUCGCCUGGAGUGCCGCAUAGAUGACGUCUUGGAAGUGCUGGAGCAUCCGCCAGUGACGCCGUCAGCAAAUCCGGCCACCAUUGUUCUAUCCUACACGCCGCCCGUCCUCUCUGCCGAUCGGAAGUCCGUGAUCUAUCCCAAUGUCCUGCUAAGGAACAGUGCGGAUGAGGAAAGUGACGGCUCUCUUGCCAGUCAUGGCGCGGACAACAGUGGCGAACCGGCGGACGACUUUGAAGGCACGUGGGGCGGUGAAUUUUACUCGUACUCGUCGGACUGGUGCGACGAUGGCGAGGCCGCUGGUACCGAGACUACGGAGACGACUGCGCCUACCUAGAUAUCUCAGCGUUCAAGUCCGCUCGGUGACCUGAAACGAGGCAACGCCACCCGGACCGAAUUAGCGGCCUUGUGAAGUCUACCCGCUAGAAGGCACUUUGACCGUGCCAGAACAAGUCAUUACGAAUAUCGAGAAAAGGACGGUCCACACCGAGCACCGAGUUCUGCCAGAAAAACCUGGGGCUCGGUUCGUUCCUAUAUCACCUCUGAUACCACCGUGUGCAGUGCGUACCAUGUAUACUGCGGGGAACGGCCGCUCUCUGCUGUGUGACACCCCAGCUGCCGCUGGUGGCGAAACGCUCGUCUCUUGCGUGGACGUCUGUGGCGGCGAGGUCCAGUGCACAAUCCCUAUCCAAGACGCGACAGUACUCCAACGCCAGCACCAUCAUUUUUUUAUCCUUUUCUAUUUGGCCGCUCCUGGAGCUUAGUUUUCAGUAUUCUCUGCUUACCUUUCCCGUUCCUGUUUCCGCGUGUCAGUGUUGGUGUCCGUAGUGUACCACUGCAAGGCCCGUGGCCAGAUAUACUGGGAGAUCUACCCGUCAAUCAUAUACGUGUACGCCCGCCCCCC